UCAGGAUGGGUGCCCAGAGCGGGUGCCGGGCCCUGGCGUGGGCCCUUGUGGUCCUGCCCUUGGUGCAGAAGGCAGAGACCCAGAGCGGCACGGAGCAGAGCUGGGCGAGUCAGGAGGCCACCGUGAACGCCCAGCGUGUGACCUUCAUCCCGCCCGUCACUGGCUUCCCCACCGUGAGCUCCCCGAACGCGGCGCACGGCGGGCGGGUGUGCAGCACGUGGGGCGACUUCCACUACAAGACCUUCGACGGCGACGUCUUCCGCUUCCCCGGGCUGUGCAACUACGUCUUCUCCGCGCACUGCGGUGCCGCCUACGAGGACUUCAACCUCCAGCUCCGCCGCGGCCUGGUGGGCUCCAGGCCCACGGUCACCCACAUCAUCCUCAAGACGCAGGGGCUGGUGCUGGAGGUCUCCAACGGGUCCAUCCUGGUCAACGGGCGGCGGGAGGAGUUGCCCUACAGCCGCGCCGGCCUCCUGGUGGAGGAGAGCAGUGCCUAUGUCAAGGUCGACAUCCGGCUGAUGCUGACCUUCACGUGGAACGGAGAGGACAGCGCCCUGCUGGAGCUGGACCCCAGGUACGCCAACCAGACCUGCGGCCUGUGCGGGGACUUCAACGGGCUCCCGGCCAUCAGCGAGUUCUAUGCCCACAAUGCCAGGCUGACCCCUGUACAGUUUGGGAACCUGCAGAAGCUGGAUGGGCCCACGGAGCAGUGCCAGGACCCCCUGCCCUCCCCAGCUGACAACUGCACAGAUGGAGAGGGCAUCUGUCGCCAAACCCUGCUGGGUCCAGCCUUUGCUCAGUGCCACAGGCUGGUGGAUGCCGAGGUGUACGUGGCCACCUGCACCCAGGACCUGUGCCGCUGCCCCACCUGCCCAUGUGCCACCUUCGCGGAGUACUCUCGCCAGUGUGCCCACGCCGGGGGACAGCCGCAGAGCUGGAGGGGCCCUGACCUCUGCCCCCAGACGUGCCCGCUGAACACGCAGCACCAGGAGUGUGGCUCGCCCUGCGCGGACACCUGCUCCAACCCCGAGCGCUCCCAGCUCUGCGAGGACCACUGCGUUGCCGGCUGCUUCUGCCCCCUAGGCACGGUGCUGGACGACGUCACCCACUCGGGCUGCCUGCCCCUGCGGCAGUGCCCCUGCACCCACGGCGGCCGCCCCUACGCCCCGGGGGCCUCCUUCACCACCAGCUGCAGCUCCUGCACCUGCUCCGGGGGACUAUGGCAGUGCCAGGACCUCCCGUGCCCGGGCAUCUGCUCCGUCCAGGGCGGGUCCCACAUCUCCACCUACGAUGAGAAACUCUAUGAUGUGCAUGGGGACUGCAGCUACGUCCUAACCAAGAUAUGUGCAGGCAACGCCCUCACCGUGCUGGCCGAGCUGCGGAGAUGCGGCCUGACGGACAACGAGAACUGCCUCAGAGCAGUGAUGCUGAGCUUGAGCGGAGGGGACACGGCCAUCCAGAUCCAGGCCAACGGCGGGGUGUUCGUGAACUCCAUCUACACGCAGCUGCCCGUGUCAGUGGCCAACAUCACCGUCUUCAGGCCGUCAUCCUUCUUCAUCCUGGUGCAGACGGGCCUCGGGCUGCAGCUGCAGGUGCAGCUGGUGCCCCUCAUGCAGGUGUUCCUCAGGCUGGACCCCUCCUACCAGGGCCAGAUGUGUGGCCUGUGCGGGAACUUCAACCACAACCAGGCCGACGACUUCCGGACUGUCAGCGGCGUGGUGGAGGGCACGGCCGCCGCCUUUGCCAACACCUGGAAGACCCAGGCCGCCUGCCCCAACGUCAAGAACGGCUUCGAGGACCCCUGCUCCCACAGCGUGGAGAACGAGAACUACGCCCAGCACUGGUGCUCCCUGCUGACCGACCCUGCCGGGGCCUUCUCGUCCUGCCACUCUGUCAUCAACCCUGGGCCCUUCCACUCGAACUGCAUGUUCGACACGUGCAGCUGCGAGAAGAGUGAGGACUGCAUGUGCGCGGCCCUGUCCUCCUACGUGCGGGCCUGCGCCGCCCGGGGCGUGCUGCUCGGCGGCUGGCGGGACGGCGUGUGCAACAAGUACGUGAGCAGCUGCCCCAAGACCCAGAGCUACGCCUACAUGGUGGACAGCUGUCAGCCCACCUGCCGCUCCCUAAGCCAGGCCGAUGUCACCUGCGACGUGGCCUUCGUGCCCGUGGACGGCUGCACCUGCCCCUCGGGCACCUUCCUGGACGACACCGGUGACUGCGUGCCCGCCGAGGCCUGCCCCUGCUAUUCCCGUGGCUCCGUGCUGGCUCCCGGGGAGGUCCUGCACGACAACGGUGUGGUGUGUUCAUGUGCGAGCGGGAAGCUGAGCUGCCUGGGAGCCGUGGAGGAGAGCACAGGGUGCGUGGCCCCCAUGCUGUUCCUGGAUUGUAGCAACGCCUCCGCGGACACGCCCGGGGCCGAGUGUGUGCGGAGCUGCCACGUGCUGGACGUAGACUGUUUCAGCACUCGCUGUGUGUCGGGCUGCGUCUGCCCCGCGGGGCUGCUGGCCGAUGGGAGCGGGGGCUGUGUGGCCGAGGAGGACUGCCCCUGCCUGCACAACGAGGCCGCCUACCAGCCCGGGGAGGCCAUCAGGGUCGACUGUAACACCUGCACCUGCAGGGGCCGCAGGUGGGAGUGCAGCCGCCGGCCCUGCCUGGGCACCUGCGUGGCCUAUGGGGACGGCCACUUCAUCACCUUUGACGGCGAGCGCUACAGCUUUGAGGGGAGCUGUGAGUACACGCUGGCCCAGGACUACUGUGCAGGCAACAACGCCAGCAAUGGGAGCUUCCGCAUCGUCACCGAGAACGUCCCCUGCGGGACCACGGGCGUCACCUGCUCCAAGGCCAUCAAGAUCUUCCUGGAGAACUAUGAGCUGAUCCUCCACGAGGGUUCCUACAAGGUGGUGCAGAGGGGGCCAGGUGGAGACCUGCCCUACAAGAUCCGUUACAUGGGCAUCUACCUGGCCGUCGAGACCCGCAGUGGCAUGGUCGUGUCCUGGGACCGGAAGACCAGCGUGUUUAUUCGGCUGCACCAGGAGUACAAGGGGAGGGUCUGCGGCCUGUGUGGGAACUUUGACGACAAUGCCCUCAACGACUUCACCACGCGGAGCCAGUCCGUGGUGGGCGACGCGCUGGAGUUCGGCAACAGCUGGAAAUUCUCGCCGUCCUGCCCGGACGCCCAGGCCCCCAAAGACCCCUGCGCCGCCAACCCGUACCGCAAGCCCUGGGCCCAGAAGCAGUGCAGCAUCGUCAACAGCGCCACCUUCCGCGCCUGCCGUUCUCAGGUCGACUCCACCAGGUACUACGAGGCCUGCGUGAGCGACGCGUGCGCCUGCGACUCGGGGGGCGACCGCGAGUGUUUCUGCACGGCCGUGGCCGCCUACGCCCAGGCCUGCCACGAGGCGGGCGUGUGCGUGUCCUGGCGGACCCCGGACGUCUGCCCCCUGUUCUGCGACUACUACAACCCACAAGGGGAGUGCGAAUGGCACUACCAGCCCUGCGGGGCCCCCUGCCUGAGGACCUGCCGGAACCCCAGCGGGCAUUGCCUGAUGGACCUGCCAGGCCUGGAAGGCUGCUACCCAAAGUGCCCGCCCAGCAAGCCGUUCUUCAAUGAGGACGAGAUGAAGUGCGUGGCCCAGUGUGGGGGCUGCUACGACGAGGACGGAAACUACCAUGAUGCCGGCACCAGGGUUCCCACGGCGGAGAACUGCCAGAGCUGUGACUGCACCUCCGGAGGCCUCCAGUGCACAUACAGCCCCGCGGCCUGUACGUGCACCUACGAGGGCAGAACCUAUGCCUACGGGGACGUCAUCUACAACACGACCGAUGGGCUGGGCGCCUGCCUGAUUGCCAUCUGCAGAGACAAUGGAACCAUUGUCCGAAAGGCCGAGGAGUGUCCUGGAACCCCGUCCCCAACGCCCUUCACCUUCACCAGCACUGCGGCUCCGCCCUCCACCACAGGCGCGGUCCCCACGCCCUCCACCGUGUGCGUGCAGGAGCGCUGCCGCUGGUCCGACUGGUACGACAGCGGACGUCCAGAGCUGGGCAUGGGAGGGGGAGACUUCGAGACAUUCGAGAACCUGAGGCAGAGGGGCUACCGGAUCUGCCCGGCCCCAGCGCAUGUCGAGUGCCGGGCCCAGCAGUUCCCGGAUAUGCCUUUGGAGAAGCUGGGCCAGAAGGUGGAGUGUGACCAGGCCCGGGGGCUGACCUGCCUCAACAGCGAGCAGAACCCCCCGCUCUGCCACAACUACGAGCUGAGGGUCCUCUGCUGCGACUACGUGCCCUGCAGCACCAGCCCGGCCCCGGGCACCAGCCAGCGGCCAUCCUCCCAGCCCCUGCCCACCUCCACCCAGACCACACCCACCAGAGGAACCACCCUCCUGUCCAUGGCGCCCUCCGCCUCACAGACCCCAUCCGCCAAGCCUGCCUCAACCGUGACCCGAGUGGGCAGCAGCUCUGUGGUCCCGGCUACCACCACGUGUGAGCCCCGCUGUCAGUGGACGGAGUGGUUUGACGAGGACUACCCCAAGUCCGAGGAGGCCGGGGGGGACGUUGAGUCCUACGACAAGAUCAGGCGUGCGGGAGGGGCCGUGUGCGAGCAGCCCCAGGGCAUAGAGUGCCAGGCCGAAAACUUCCCCGACGUCAGGCUGGAGGAGCUGAAUCAGCGCGUGCACUGUGACGUCAGCUUCGGCCUGGUCUGCAGGAACGACGAGCAGGUGGGCCUGUUCAAGAUGUGCUACAACUACAAAAUCCGCGUGCUGUGCUGUGGGUACGGCCACUGCGGGGAGCCCACGUCCCCCACUGCCACUGCCACCUCAUCCACUGUCACAGCCACCACUGUGGCCACCUCUACAGCCACCAUUGCCAUCACAUCCACUGCCACAGCCCCCACUGCCACCGCAUCCACUGCUACAGCCACCACUGUGGCCACCUCUACAGCCCCCACUGUGGCCACCUCUACAGCCCCCACUGCCACCGCAUCCACUGCCACAGCCCCCACUGCCACUGCAUCCACUGCCACAGCCACCACUGUGGCCACCUCUACAGCCCCCACUGCCACCACAUCCACUGCCACAGCCCCUAUGGCCACCACCUCCACAGCAACCACUGUGGCCACCUCUACAGCCACCACUGCAGCCACCUCCACUGCCACAGCCCCCACCCCCAUAGCCCCCAUGUCCCCCACUGCCACUGCCACAGCCACCACUGCCACAACCUCCACUACUACAGUCACCACUGCAGCCACCUCCACUGCUGCCAUUGCCACAGUGGCCACCUCUGCUGCCACAGCCCCCACGUCCCCCACUGCCUCCAGCACCACCACCGCUGUGUCACCAGCCACGCAGCCCAGGACAUGGCCAGGGAGCACAGGGGUGACCAGGUCCCCCGCCAGCAGUGCCACACCAGCACCUUCCCUUUCCACGGGACUGACAGCCCAAGUGACAUCCUCGAGGCCCAGCCACACAGGCACGCUCCCAGUGUCUGCCACGUCGGUCCUCCCGACUCACACAGCCUCAAGGGGGCCGACCCCGGUGUCGGUGAUGACGCAAACCUCCACGUCUCAGCCGUUGACGGGAACAGCAGUGGGCAAAACGGGCACCACCUCCACUGGCCCGCUGUCCACCUCGCACCCUGAGACCAGCAUGCCGGGAACCCUGGUGUCGACGGGCACCACCACGUGUGAGCCCCGCUGUCAGUGGACAGAGUGGUUUGACGAGGACUACCCCAAGUCCGAGGAGGCCGGGGGGGACGUUGAGUCCUACGACAAGAUCAGGCGUGCGGGAGGGGCCGUGUGCGAGCAGCCCCAGGGCAUAGAGUGCCAGGCCGAAAACUUCCCCGACGUCAGGCUGGAGGAGCUGAAUCAGCGCGUGCACUGUGACGUCAGCUUCGGCCUGGUCUGCAGGAACGACGAGCAGGUGGGCCUGUUCAAGAUGUGCUACAACUACAAAAUCCGCGUGCUGUGCUGUGGGUACGGCCACUGCGGGGAGCCCACGUCCCCCACUGCCACUGCCACCUCAUCCACUGUCACAGCCACCACUGUGGCCACCUCUACAGCCACCAUUGCCAUCACAUCCACUGCCACAGCCCCCACUGCCACCGCAUCCACUGCUACAGCCACCACUGUGGCCACCUCUACAGCCCCCACUGUGGCCACCUCUACAGCCCCCACUGCCACCGCAUCCACUGCCACAGCCCCCACUGCCACUGCAUCCACUGCCACAGCCACCACUGUGGCCACCUCUACAGCCCCCACUGCCACCACAUCCACUGCCACAGCCCCUAUGGCCACCACCUCCACAGCAACCACUGUGGCCACCUCUACAGCCACCACUGCAGCCACCUCCACUGCCACAGCCCCCACCCCCAUAGCCCCCAUGUCCCCCACUGCCACUGCCACAGCCACCACUGCCACAACCUCCACUACUACAGUCACCACUGCAGCCACCUCCACUGCUGCCAUUGCCACAGUGGCCACCUCUGCUGCCACAGCCCCCACGUCCCCCACUGCCUCCAGCACCACCACCGCUGUGUCACCAGCCACGCAGCCCAGGACAUGGCCAGGGAGCACAGGGGUGACCAGGUCCCCCGCCAGCAGUGCCACACCAGCACCUUCCCUUUCCACGGGACUGACAGCCCAAGUGACAUCCUCGAGGCCCAGCCACACAGGCACGCUCCCAGUGUCUGCCACGUCGGUCCUCCCGACUCACACAGCCUCAAGGGGGCCGACCCCGGUGUCGGUGAUGACGCAAACCUCCACGUCUCAGCCGUUGACGGGAACAGCAGUGGGCAAAACGGGCACCACCUCCACUGGCCCGCUGUCCACCUCGCACCCUGAGACCAGCAUGCCGGGAACCCUGGUGUCGACGGGCACCACCACGUGUGAGCCCCGCUGUCAGUGGACAGAGUGGUUUGACGAGGACUACCCCAAGUCCGAGGAGGCCGGGGGGGACGUUGAGUCCUACGACAAGAUCAGGCGUGCGGGAGGGGCCGUGUGCGAGCAGCCCCAGGGCAUAGAGUGCCAGGCCGAAAACUUCCCCGACGUCAGGCUGGAGGAGCUGAAUCAGCGCGUGCACUGUGACGUCAGCUUCGGCCUGGUCUGCAGGAACGACGAGCAGGUGGGCCUGUUCAAGAUGUGCUACAACUACAAAAUCCGCGUGCUGUGCUGUGGGUACGGCCACUGCGGGGAGCCCACGUCCCCCACUGCCACUGCCACCACAUCCACUGUCACAGCCCGCACGGCCACCACCUCCACUGCCACAGCCACCACUGUGGCCACCUCUACAGCCACCACUGCCACCACAUCCACUGCCACAGCUCCCACUGCCACCGCAUCCACUGCUACAGUCACCACUGUGGCCACCUCUACAGCCACCACUGCCACUGCAUCCACUGCCACAGCCCCCACUGCCACCGCAUCCACUGCUACAGUCACCACUGUGGCCACCUCUACAGCCACCACUGCCACUGCAUCCACUGCCACAGCCCCCACUGCCACCGCAUCCACUGCUACAGUCACCACUACGGCCACCUCUACAGCCACCACUGCCACUGCAUCCACUGCCACAGCCCCCACUGCCACUGCAUCCACUGCUACAGUCACCACUGCGGCCACCUCUACAGCCACCACUGCCACUGCAUCCACUGCCACAGCCCCCACUGCCACCACAUCCACUGCUACAGUCACCACUGUGGCCACCUCUACAGCCCCCACUGCCACCACAUCCACUGCCACAGCCCCCACUGCCACCGCAUCCACUGCCACAGCCCCCACUGCCACCGCAUCCACUGCCACAGCCCCCACUGCAGCCACCUCCACUGCCACCGCCCCCACCCCCAUGGCCUCCACGUCCCCCACCACCACUGCCACAGCCCCCACUGCCACAACCUCCACUGCUAGAGUCACCACUGCAGCCACCUCCACUGCUGCCAUUGCCACAGCAGCCACCUCUGCUGCCACAGCCCCCACGUCCCCCACUGCCUCCAGCACCACCACCACUGUGCCACCAGCCACACAGCCCACAACAUGGCCGGGGAGCACAGGGGUGACCAGGUCCCCCACCAGCAGUGCCACACCAGCGUCUUCCCUUUCCACGGGACUGACAGCCCGAGUGACAUCGAGUCCCAGCCACACAGGCACGCUCCCAGUGUCUGCCACGGGGAGCCUCACAUCUCCCCCAGGGUCCACAGAGCCCACCGUCCCACGGAGGGCCACAUCGGUCCUCCCGACUCACACAGCCUCAAGGGGGCCCACCCCGACGUCGGUGACGAUGGAAACCUCCACGUCUCAGCUGCUGACGGGAACAGCAGUGGGCACAACGGGCACCACCUCCACCGGCCCGCUGUCCACCUCGCACCCUGAGACCAGCAUGCCGGGAAUCCUGGUGUCGACGGCCACCACUGGGGCCUCCACCAGCCAGGGCACAACCAGCUGUCAACCCAAGUGCCAAUGGACAGAGUGGUUUGACGUGGACUUCCCCACCUCGGGGGUCAGGGGCGGAGACAUGGAGACCUAUGACAACAUCCGGGCCGCGGGCGGCAAGAUGUGUCAGCAGCCGCAGAAGAUUGAAUGCCGGGCGGAGAGCUACCCCGAGGUGGGCAUCGAUCAGAUCGGGCAGGUGCUCAGCUGCAGCCUGGAGGCCGGGCUGGUCUGCAGGAACGAAGACCAGAGGGGGCAGUUCACCAUGUGCUUCAACUACAACAUCCGUGUGUACUGCUGCGAUGAUGUCCGGCACUGCCCCACCACGGCUACCCCCUACCUCACCUCCAGCACACUGCCCGCCACCAGCAGCUCCACAGCCACGGUGCCAUGGCCCUCGACCUCUGCCACGACCCAGACCCAACCCACCUCCACCGCACCGCCUGCCACUGGCAGAUCCACGGCCACAGUGCCAAGUCCCUCGAUCUCUGCAGUGACCCAGACGGGUGCCCCCACCACGGCCCCUCCAACUGCGCACAUUCACGAGACCACCUUCGGGACCACCCUGCUCCCCACCCCCGUGACGCCCAACACUAGGGCUACCACCUACACCCGCUCCCUGCACCCCACAGCCUCUCCUCAGGUCACAGAGCUCCCCACCAGGCCCUUCGAGACCACACCCGGAUCCCCCAUCACAACACCCAGCACAGGCCACGCCACCUCCAGCACAGGGGCGGGCACCAGAGCCUCCGUAUCCACCCGCAUGCCUGAGCCCAGCACCUCCUCACUGGGCACCACCCUCGGCUCCUCCAUGGCCACCUCCACAGCCACGGUGUCCUCGCAAAAGACCCACACCUCCAGCACCCCGCUGGUCACCACGUCCCCAGAGACCGGGUCCACGGCCUGUCAGCCUCACUGUGCCUGGACAGACUGGCUGGACCAGAGCUACCCGAUGCCAGGGGCCUCUGGGGGGGACUUUGAGACCUAUGCUAAUAUCCAGGCGGCCGGUAGGGCCAUCUGCCAGCAGCCUCUGCAGCUGCAGUGCCGGGCCGAGGCCCUGCCUGAGGAGGCCCUGCAGGAUCUGGGCCAGGUGGUGCAGUGCCGGCUGGAGGAGGGCCUGGUGUGCCGGAACCGAGACCAGAGUAGCCUGAUGUGCCUCAACUACCAGAUCCGCGUGUUCUGCUGCGACCACAGCCACUGCCCCAGCCCCGCCAGUCCCACGUCCACCACGCCGGCCCCCUCACCCUCCACCAUCAGCACCAGCACUGGCAGUCUGUCAUCGAAGGUCACCACCCAGACGCACCUCUCCUCCCCAGGGACGAUCAAGAGGGUCUCCACCCCCACAACUCUGACAGGUCCCUCCUCCACGGGGACCACCCAGAGCAUCGUCUCCACCCCCACAACUCUGACAGGUCCCUCCUCCACGGGGACCACCCAGAGCAUCUCCUCCACCCCCACCCGUGUGACAGGUCCCUUCUCCACAGGGACCACCCAGAGCAUCUCCUCCAUCACCCGUAUGACAGGUCCCUCCUCCACGGGGACCACUAAGAAGGUCUACACCUCCACCAGUGUGACAGGUCCCUUCUCCACGGGGACCACCAAGAGGGUCUAUGCCACCACCAGUGUGACAGGUCCCUCCUCCACAGGGACCAGGCAGAGUGUCUACACCUCCACCCGUGUGACAGGUCCCUUCUCCACUGGGACAACCCAGAGGGUCUCCAGCCCCACCACUCUGACAGGUCCCUCCUCCACGGGGACCACCCAGAGGGUCUCCACCCCCACCCGUAUGACAGGUCCCUUCUCCACGGGGACGACCAAAAGGGUCUAUGCCUCCACCAGUGUGACAGGUCCCUCCUCCGUGGGGACCAAACAGAGUGUCUACACCUCCACCAGUGUGACAGGUCCCUUCUCCACGGGGAACACGCAGAGUGUCUCCACCCCUACCACUCUGACAGGUCCCUCCUCCACGGGGACCACCAAGAGGGUCUCCACCCCCACCCGUGUGACAGGUCCUUCCUACCCUGGAACCACCCAGAGGGUCUCCUCCCCCACCAUUCUGACAGGUCCCUCCUCCACGGGGACCAGCCAGAGGGUCUCCACCACCACCCCUCUGACAGGUCCCUCCCCCAUGGGGACCACCCAGAGGGUCUCCACCACCACCCCUCUGACAGGUCUCUCCUCCACGGGGACCACCCAGAGGGUCUCCACCACCACCCCUCUGACAGGUCCCUCCUCCACGGGGACCACCAAGGGGGUCUCCACCACCACCCAUGUGACAGGUCCCUCCUCCACGGGGACCACCAAGAGGGUCUCCACCCCUACCACUCUGACAGGUCCCUCCUCCACGGGGACCACCAAGAGGGUCUCCACCCCCACCCGUGUGACAGGUCCCUCCUACCCUGGAACCACCCAGAGGGUCUCCUCCCCCACCAUUCUGACAGGUCCCUCCUCCACGAGGACCAGCCAGAGGGUCUCCACCCCCACCCCUCUGACAGGUCCCUCCUCCACGGGGACCACCAAGGGGGUCUCCACCACCACCCAUGUGACAGGUCCCUCCUCCACGGGGACCACCCAGAGGGUCUCCUCCGCUACCACUCUGACAGGUCCCUCCUCCAUGGGGACCACCAAGGGGGUCUCCACCACCACCCAUGUGACAGGUCCCUCCUCCACGGGGACCACCCAGAGGGUCUCCUCCGCUACCACUCUGACAGGUCCCUCCUCCAUGGGGACCACCAAGGGGGUCUCCACCACCACCCAUGUGACAGGUCCCUCCUCCACGGGGACCACCAAGAGGGUCUCCACCCCAACCCGUGUGACAGGACCCUCCUCCACGGGGACCACCCAGAGGGUCUCCUCCGCCACCACUCUGACAGGUCCCUCCUCCAUGGGGACCACCCAGAGGGUCUCCAUCCCCACCCGUAUGACAGGUCCCUUCUCCACGGGGACCACCAAAAGGGUCUAUGCCUCCACCAGUGUGACAGGUCCCUUCUCCACAGGGAACACGCAGAGUGUCUCCACCCCUACCACUCUGACAGGUCCCUCCGCCACGGGGACCACCAAGAGGGUCUCCACCCCCACCCGUGUGACAGGUCCCUCCUACCCUGGAACCACCCAGAGGGUCUCCUCCCCCACCAUUCUGACAGGUCCCUCCUCCACGAGGACCAGCCAGAGGGUCUCCACCCCCACCUCUCUGACAGGUCCCUCCUCCACGGGGACCACCCAGAGGGUCGCCACCACCACCCCUCUGACAGGUCCCUCCUCCACGGGGACCACCAAGGGGGUCUCCACCACCACCCAUGUGACAGGUCCCUCCUCCACGGGGACCACCCAGAGGGUCUCCUCCGCUACCACUCUGACAGGUCCCUCCUCCAUGGGGACCACCAAGGGGGUCUCCACCACCACCCAUGUGACAGGUCCCUCCUCCAUGGGGACCACCCAGAGGGUCUCCUCCGCUACCACUCUGACAGGUCCCUCCUCCAUGGGGACCACCAAGGGGGUCUCCACCACCACCCAUGUGACAGGUCCCUCCUCCAUGGGGACCACCAAGAGGGUCUCCACCCCAACCCGUGUGACAGGGCCCUCCUCCACGGGGACUACCCAGAGGGUCUCCUCCGCCACCACUCUGACAGGUCCCUCCCCCAUGGGGACCACCCAGAGGGUCUCCAUCCCCACCCGUAUGACAGGUCCCUUCUCCACGGGGACCACCAAAAGGGUCUAUGCCUCCACCAGUGUGACAGGUCCCUUCUCCACAGGGAACACGCAGAGUGUCUCCACCCCUACCACUCUGACAGGUCCCUCCUCCACGGGGACCACCAAGAGGGUCUCCACCCCCACCAUUCUGACAGGUCCCUCCUCCACGAGGACCAGCCAGAGGGUCUCCACCCCCACCUCUCUGACAGGUCCCUCCUCCACGGGGACCACCCAGAGGGUCUCCACCACCACCCCUCUGACAGGUCCCUCCUCCACGGGGACCACCAAGGGGGUCUCCACCACCACCCAUGUGACAGGUCCCUCCUCCACAGGGACCACCCAGAGGGUCUCCUCCGCUACCACUCUGACAGGUCCCUCCUCCAUGGGGACCACCAAGGGGGUCUCCACCACCACCCAUGUGACAGGUCCCUCCUCCACGGGGACCACCUCCAGCACAGGGGCGGGCACCAGAGCCUCCGUAUCCACCCGCAUGCCUGAGCCCAGCACCUCCUCACUGGGCACCACCCUCGGCUCCUCCAUGGCCACCUCUACAGCCAUGGUGUCCUCGCAGAAGACCCACACCUCCAGCACCCCGUUGGUCACCACGUCCCCAGACAUCGGGUCCACGGCCUGUCAGCCUCGCUGUGCCUGGACAGACUGGCUGGACCAGAGCUACCCGAUGCCAGGGGCCUCUGGGGGGGACUUUGAGACCUAUGCUAAUAUCCAGGCGGCCGGUAGGGCCAUCUGCCAGCAGCCUCUGCAGCUGCAGUGCCGGGCCGAGGCCCUGCCUGAGGAGGCCCUGCAGGAUCUGGGCCAGGUGGUGCAGUGCCGGCUGGAGGAGGGCCUGGUGUGCCGGAACCGAGACCAGAGUAGCCUGAUGUGCCUCAACUACCAGAUCCGCGUGUUCUGCUGCGACCACAGCCACUGCCCCAGCCCCGCCAGUCCCACGUCCACCACGCCGGCCCCCUCACCCUCCACCAUCAGCACCAGCACUGGCAGUCUGUCAUCGAAGGUCACCACCCAGACGCACCUCUCCUCCCCAGGGACGAUCAAGAGGGUCUCCACCCCCACAACUCUGACAGGUCCCUCCUCCACGGGGACCACCCAGAGCAUCUCCUCCACCCCCACCCGUGUGACAGGUCCCUUCUCCACAGGGACCACCCAGAGCAUCUCCUCCAUCACCCGUAUGACAGGUCCCUCCUCCACAGGGACCACUAAGAAGGUCUACACCUCCACCAGUGUGACAGGUCCCUUCUCCACGGGGACCACCAAGAGGGUCUAUGCCACCACCAGUGUGACAGGUCCCUCCUCCACAGGGACCAGGCAGAGUGUCUACACCUCCACCCGUGUGACAGGUCCCUUCUCCACUGGGACAACCCAGAGGGUCUCCAGCCCCACCACUCUGACAGGUCCCUCCUCCACGGGGACCACCCAGAGGGUCUCCACCCCCACCCGUAUGACAGGUCCCUUCUCCACGGGGACCACCAAAAGGGUCUAUGCCUCCACCAGUGUGACAGGUCCCUCCUCCAUGGGGACCACACAGAGUGUCUACACCUCCACCAGUGUGACAGGUCCCUUCUCCACGGGGAACACACAGAGUGUCUCCACCCCUACCACUCUGACAGGUCCCUCCUCCACGGGGACCACCAAGAGGGUCUCCACCCCCACCCGUGUGACAGGUCCCUCCUACCCUGGAACCACCCAGAGGGUCUCCACCACCACCCCUCUGACAGGUCCCUCCUCCACGGGGACCACCCAGAGGGUCUCCACCACCACCCCUCUGACAGGUCCCUCCUCCACGGGGACCACCAAGGGGGUCUCCACCACCACCCAUGUGACAGGUCCCUCCUCCACAGGGACCACCCAGAGGGUCUCCUCCGCUACCACUCUGACAGGUCCCUCCUCCAUGGGGACCACCAAGGGGGUCUCCACCACCACCCAUGUGACAGGUCCCUCCUCCACGGGGACCACCUCCAGCACAGGGGCGGGCACCAGAGCCUCCGUAUCCACCCGCAUGCCUGAGCCCAGCACCUCCUCACUGGGCACCACCCUCGGCUCCUCCAUGGCCACCUCCACAGCCAUGGUGUCCUCGCAGAAGACCCACACCUCCAGCACCCCGUUGGUCACCACGUCCCCAGACAUCGGGUCCACGGCCUGUCAGCCUCGCUGUGCCUGGACAGACUGGCUGGACCAGAGCUACCCGAUGCCAGGGGCCUCUGGGGGGGACUUUGAGACCUAUGCUAAUAUCCAGGCGGCCGGUAGGGCCAUCUGCCAGCAGCCUCUGCAGCUGCAGUGCCGGGCCGAGGCCCUGCCUGAGGAGGCCCUGCAGGAUCUGGGCCAGGUGGUGCAGUGCCGGCUGGAGGAGGGCCUGGUGUGCCGGAACCGAGACCAGAGUAGCCUGAUGUGCCUCAACUACCAGAUCCGCGUGUUCUGCUGCGACCACAGCCACUGCCCCAGCCCCGCCAGUCCCACGUCCACCACGCCGGCCCCCUCACCCUCCACCAUCAGCACCAGCACUGGCAGUCUGUCAUCGAAGGUCACCACCCAGACGCACCUCUCCUCCCCAGGGACGAUCAAGAGGGUCUCCACCCCCACCACUCUGACAGGUCCCUCCUCCACGGGGACCACCGAGGGGGUCUCCACCCCCACCCGUGUGACAGGUCCCUUCUCCACAGGGACCACCCAGAGCAUCUCCUCCACCACCCGUAUGACAGGUCCCUCCUCCAUGGGGACCACCAAGGGGGUCUCCACCCCCACCACUCUGACAGGUCCCUCCUCCACGGGGACCACCGAGGGGGUCUCCACCCCCACCCGUGUGACAGGUCCCUCCUCCACGGGGACCACCCAGAGCAUCUCCUCCACCACCCAUAUGAUAGGUCCCUUCUCCACAGGGACCACCAAGAGGGUCUAUGCCUCCACCAGUGUGACAGGUCCCUCCUCCAUGGGGACCACCGGGAGGGUCUACACCUCAACCACUGUGACAGGUCCUUCCUACUCUGGGACCACCCAGAGGGUCUACACCUCCACCAGUGUGACAGGUCCCUCCUCCAAGGGGACAACCCAGAGGGUCUCCACCCCCACCCGUGUGACAGGUCCCUCCUCCACGCGGACCACUGGGAAGGUCUACACCUCCACCACUCUGACAGGUCCCUCCUCCACGGGGACCACCCAGAGGGUCUCCACCUCAACCACUGUGACAGGUCCCUUCUCCCCUGGGACCACCGAGAGCAUCUCCACCCCUAGUCCCUCUGCCUUCCCGGGGUCCCCACCCAUGACCUCCAAGCCAGGCUUGCCCAGUGUCUCUCCUACGGGUCCCCUUUUGACUUCCCCCAUAUCGACCGCCUCCUGGUCCCCACCCACCACCUCUUCCUGGUCCGGGGUGGCCUCUGGCAGCCCGGGGACCUUCUCCAUCUCCACUGCCUCUCCCAGCCCCACCACAGCCUGCCUUUGCCACGCCUUCGGAAAGUUCUUCCUACCAGGGGACAUCAUCUACAACAAGACCGACGCAGUGGGCUGCCACUUCUUAGCCAUCUGCAACCAGCGCUGUGACAUCGACCGCUUCCAGGGCGCCUGCUCCACCCCCUCACCCUCGGGGACCUCGGCCUCUGUUCCCCCAGACACCCCAGUUCCCGGCUGCGAUCGCACCAUCCCACCCCGACAGGUGAAUGAGUCCUGGACCCUGGAGGACUGCACAGUGGCUCGGUGUGAGGGUGACAACCGUGUCGUCCUGCUGGGGCCGAAGCCGAUGGGUGACGUCGUCUGCGUGAACGGGCACCUGCCCGUGAGAGUGCAGAGCGGGGAUGGGCCCUGUGACUACAGCUACGAGUGCGAGUGCUCCUGCAGUGGCUGGGGGGACACCCACUACGAGACCUUCGACGGCACCUCCUACUCUUUCCUGGACAAUUGCACCCACGUCCUCAUGCGGGAGAUCCGGCCGCGCCACGGCAACCUCAGCAUUCUCCUGUACAACCACUACUGCGAGGCCGCCGCCAGCUGCCCCCGCGCCCUCGGCGUCCACUAUGAGUCCAUGGACAUCGUCCUCACCACCACCCCUGGCGCCGACGGGCAGGAGGAAAGCCUGAUCCUGUUUGGCCAAAUGCGGGUGAGGCAGAGCUUCAGCAAGAACGGCCUGACCGUGACGGCGACGGGGGCCACCGAGAUGAGCAUCGAGAUUCCCGCCGUCGGCGUGAGAGUCAUCUUCAACGGGCGGGUCUUCCAAGCCCAGCUGUCCUACAGCCACUUCAGCUACAACACCGAGGGCCGGUGUGGCACCUGCACCAACAGCCGCAGGGACGACUGUCGCCGGCCUGACGGCACCACGGCCCCCACCUGCCAGGACAUGGCCCGGUCCUGGCUGGUCCCCAACAGCAGCGGGGAGGGCUGCUGGGCACCGACCGGCCUGCCCCCGACCGCCAGCCCCCUGUCGCCGGCACCCAGCACACCCACCUCCACUCCGUGCCCCCCGGAACCCCUCUGCGAGCUGCUGCUGAGCCCGGUCUUCGCCGGGUGCCACGGCCUCAUCCCGCCCGGCCCGUUCUUCAGCACCUGUGUCAGCGACAGCUGCGGGCCCAGCCGCCCUGAAGCGCUCUGCCAGAGCCUGGAGGCCUACUCGGCGCUCUGCCGCGCCCGGGGCGUGUGCCCCGACUGGCGCAACGCCACCAGCGGGCUGUGUGACCUCACCUGCCCACCCACCAAGGUGUAUAAGCCGUGUGGCCCCAUGCAGCCCAAGUCCUGUGACUCCAGGAGCCAGAGCCCGGCGAGCAGGGGGCUGGCAGAGGGUUGCUUCUGUCCCGACGGCCACAUCCUGUUCAACUCACACACGGACGUCUGUGUGCCCGAGUGCCCCUGCGUGGGACCAGAUGGGUUUCCCAAAUUCCCCGGAGAGCGGUGGGUCAGCAACUGCCAGUCCUGCGUGUGUGAUGAAGGCUCCGUGUCGGUGCAGUGCGUCCCUGUGCAGUGCGAGGCCCGGGACCAGCCACAGGAAUGUGGCUGGGCCGGCUUCGUGGCCCAGACCAGGCCCCUGGCCGACAACCCUUGCUGCAUGGAAACUCUGUGUGUCUGCAACACGAGCACGUGCCCCCAGAGCCCACCCAAAUGUAGGCCGGGAGAGGAGCUGGCCUGCACCCAGGCGGAGAACAGCUGCUGCCCCACCUUCAGCUGCCGGCCUCAGCUGUGCACCUACAACGGCACCGUCUACGGGGUCGGUGCAACCUUCCCAGCGGUCAUUCCCUGCCACACGUGCACCUGCCUGUCCGUGGACACCCGUGACCCGACCGUGCAGUGUGAGGAGGAGGCCUGCAACGCCACUUGUCCCCAGGGCUUCCAGUACUCGAGGGUGGCCGGGCAGUGCUGCGGGGAGUGCGUGCAGACAGCUUGCCUCACGUCCGACGGCCGGCUGGUCCAGCCCAACGAGACCUGGGUCAACAGCCUCGUGGACAACUGCACGUUGUACCACUGCCAGGCUGAGAACGGGCCCCCGAUGCUGACCCCGACGCCCGUCGCGUGCCCGGACGUGUCCAGCUGCAGGGGCAUCCUCAGGAAAACCGGCUGCUGCUACUCCUGUGAGGAAGUGGACUCCUGCCAGGUACGCGCCAGCAUGACGGUCCUGCGACACCGGGGCUGCGCCACCCAGGCCGCCGUCAGCGUCCCCUUCUGCGAGGGCUUCUGCCCGGGAGCGUCCCGGUACUCCACGGGGGCCCGGGCCACGCAGUGCCCGUGCGUCUGCUGCCAGGAGACCAGGGCCCACCAGGAGGUGGUGACCAUGCAGUGUCCCAACGGGACGGCCUUCCAGCACACCUACACCCACGUGGACGAGUGCAGCUGUGGCCCAUCCUGCGUCUCCUCGGCCCAGGCUCCCGAGGACAGCACCCCCACCUUCCCGAUCUAUGGGUCCACCGCUGUCUGACGCAUUCUUCCCCCCCCUCACACGCCCGCCCCACCUGGAGCCAGAACACGCAGCACCCGACCACAGAAACCGCAGGAGCCUACGCACACCUCCUGUGAAUACCACUGCCCCCGCCCACUUUACACCUGCCCCAGGUGAAACCCAGGCCCUGGAGGGUGACACCGUAGUGCGGGUCGGCUUGAGGAGGACCCCAGGCGGGGGGCGCCUGCCCUCAGAGCCCCUCCUGCCUGCUUUGGCCACCUGCCUGGCCUUCGGGACCUGAGCCUCAUCCGAAACACAGGCACCCACUCCACCCAGGCUCACCCCGGUCCUGGGGUCAGAGGGACGCCCCGGAGAAAACUGCACACCCACCACCGUGCUGCUCCCACGGCGGGCCUGUGUGCCCCCCACUGCCCCUCGAAGCCCCGUGGCGCACAGGUGCCCGCUGGCUACACCUCCUGCAGCUGAGCGCAGACUGAGGCCUGUCCAGGCAAGGCCGGCUACCUGCUCACGUCUGGACCCCGGCCUGAGGCUACGAGGGCCAAGGGACGGGCCCCGGCGGGGUCGGCACCCCACAGCACCCCCUCUGCUCACCCAGCCCCAGUCUUUGAAAAUAAACAGCGAACAUCACAUACACUUCCUGGUCCUGGCGGCUCUCCCCUCCAUGUGUGGGCGGGGCUGUCCAGAGCCACACCCCUGGGGGACCCCCGGGAGGGACAGGCGGGGCAGGAGGCAAGAGGCCCCCAGGGUCAGGUCUUGGGCUGCGGGAGUACUGGCCAGAGUCAGGGGUCAUCCGAGGGUUCAAACACGCGGGUUUUAUAAGGAAGUUGGUUCACAGCUGCAGAAAGACCGGACAAGCCAAUGGGGGGAAGCCCCCGGGGGGACACGGAGGGCAUCAGUGUGGGAAGCACUCCCUGCGCCUCUGCGGGGCAUUUCCUUCAGGCACUUGUCACACGUCAACUUGCUGUGCAUCUGACCUUCGCUUCUCUCUCCACCGAGGGCAGGGGUUGCUGCCUUUCUCUUCUGCUGCAUCCAGAGUGGAGAACACUGCCAGCACAGGAUGGGGUGGGGCGAGCAGGGUGCAAGGGUGGGGCGGUGCCCCCGGCUUGAGUGCCCACAUGGGCAGGGGCAGCUACGAGAGGGCGGGGCUUCCACCGGGGAGGCAAAGGCGCUGCUGGCCGGGGCCAAGGAAGCCUGGCGAGCGUGUGCGGGGCUGGGGGCUUCUGGGGCCUCCUGCGUCAUGUGACCUGCCUCUGCGCUCUGUGUGCGUCUGCCCACCCAGGGAAUGGCAGCCACAGUGAUUUACAUUGUCCCCCGUGGGCUGGGGUCCUCAGCUCCCGGGGAAGGUGGGCCUGUGGUCUCUUUAGUGGCCUUUCCUACUCACGUCACCGAGGUCUGGUCAGGGCAGGCCACCCUGGGACUGGGCCGGAGAUGGUCCAGGAGGGCUGACAAGGUUACAGACACACUGCAGGUGAGCCUGGCUGCCCACCUCGGCCACCACUGGGGUCAACUGUAAACUUGCCGUGUCUCACAGUCUGAUUUCCUGUGGGGGGGCUGUGGCCAAGUCAUGCCCCGGCCUUAGCCUUUGUUAACCCACGUGUAAAACAACAGCAUUUCCUAAACCUCAGUCACUCUCGGGGCACGACUGCUUCCUUAAACCCAUGUACCGCUUACAAAACUAAGCGUGUUUCCAAGGUACCUGGAAAAUGAGUGUCCGUCUCCACAGACUCGAGCUCACGUGUGUGAAGUGUUCUCACCCGUCACAGACUAGAGCUCACUUUGGAGACCAGUGCCCAGAUGUCUCUUUGCAGGCUCGCUCUCUGCCUGGUAUGGAAUUAAGGAAACUGAGCUAAAGUUGGAGUCGGGACAGGCCUGCAGGGGAAGCUCUCAUGCCCGCAAUGCAUCAUCAACUACGCCAAACAGGAAGAGACGUCCCCCUGCACGCCCCCCACAGGAAGGCAUCUCUACUGACCAUCCGGCAGGAGGAAGGAAACUUCUCUCCUCCCACGGCAGCCCAGCCAAUCAGAGACUGCAGCG